CACAUCAAUAAAAUGGCUAACUAUGAAAAAGAAUGCAAGGAGAUGCAAUUUCUGACACACAAAUAUGUCAGUCAGAUCACCAAGAUCUGGGAACAAUUAUUCGAACAGGAUGUGUGCCGAGACAACUUGCGCAAACUGGUCGAGCAUGCCAAUAACUUCUAUAAGGAAUUGGUGGAGGAAUCACUGACGAGAAAAUCUUAUAUAGAAGGAGAGAUAAACGAUUUGAAAAGAGAGGCGGAAAAUUUAAAAAGGCUGCUGAAUGUCGAUGUAGAGUUGCCAACGUAUGAUAUGGCGAAUGUGCCGCUGUUGCGGGUACAAUCGGAAUUGGAUAAAAGUUUGGAAAAUUUGCGCGAACAGUUGAGGCAACGUAAAGAUCAAAUAUGUGAACUGUUGUUGGAACAGGAAGCACUUUGCGAGGAACUUGGUGAACCGCCACGUGCUCUUUUGGCGGAUCCUUUGCCGACGGCCGAAGAAAUUGAAGAAUUUCGACUUCAUUUGGAGCGAUUGCGAGAAGAGAGAUCUGAACGUUUGAAUCGUGUGUCGACAAUGCGUAGAGAUAUUAAGAAUUUCCUGCAAAUUUUGGAUCUGCAGGUGAACACAGAAACGGAAGAUCGAUUGCUCAAUCAUCGUGAAAUACCAAUGAAUAAAGAAACAUUUAAUGGCCUGAAAAGGAUGUAUGACACAUUUGGUGCCCAGGUACAAGAGUUGCGUGAAACCAUUGAUGGCAUGCGCAACAAAAUAAGUACGCUCUGGGCUCGUCUGCAAACCUCACCGAAUACCCGCCAUAAAUUCAAUCGCUACAAGGAUUACAACCAACACACCUACGAUGUUUUCUACAGUGAACUGCAACGUUGCGAACAAUUGAAGAGUCAAAAUAUCAGAUUGUAUGUCCAGCAGAUACGCGAUGAAAUCAAAUUGUGGUGGGAUAAGUGCCUGAAGAGUGACAAACAGAGAGAACGCUUCUCGGCAUUUACCUCAAAUUGCUUCACAGACGACUUGUUGGAUUUACAUGAACUGGAAUUGGCCGAUUGUAAACAGCAUUAUGAGACUAAUAAGCAGAUCUACGAUUUAUUUGCCGAUCGUAACAUUUUGUGGGAUCGCAUGGCGGCAUUGGAAGCAAAGGCAUCAGAACCUGGACGUUAUAAUAAUCGAGGUGGUCAACUAUUGAAAGAGGAAAAGGAGCGUAAAACAAUCGCCACCAAGUUGCCGAAGAUUGAGCAGCAAAUAAGCGACUUGGUUAGGGUGUAUGAGGAAAGGGAGCACUCGCCCUUUUUGGUUUAUGGAGAAAAUAUAAUUGAAUACAUGGUUAAGCAAUGGGAGAGGAAACGCAAGGAUAAGGAACAGUUGCAAUCUGCACGUAAAAAUGCCACCAAAACACCGGGACCAUCGGCCAUGAAAACAAAUACAACAAUGCGUACUCCAAUGCGUACCCCAAUGUCCUUGAAGAACGCCUCAUCCAUGUCGUCGUUAAGAAAGACACCAUCUACAACCAAUCUCACAUCACAGACAUCAUUGUCGGCACAAAAACGUAGACUAAAUCCCACUGAUCGCGCCACACCUAUGGCCAAACGUAGUCUAAUGCAAGCUUUGAAUAGCCCCAGUGUUUUUCUCAAACCCUCCACAACAAAAAACACGGGACAGCAAUCUAAACUCCUCGGCUCAGCCUCAAAAGCCUCAACAUUUAAAUCACCCCUAAAGAAACCGAAAAUAAUUGGCACCACACUGCGGCGACGUAGUGGUCGUCAAAGUAAUGGCGUGAAAAAACGUAGAUCUAUCAAUAAGAACAGUUCAAUGUCGAAGAAUGUACCACGCAUUGUGGUGGAAGAAUGCCAUUCAUCCGAUGGCUAUACAACCGAUUACAAUGGCGACGAUACAUAUGAAUCGUUUCAGAAAUGCAUAGAACCCGCAUCAAGAUCAUCAAUUAUUCAAGGCAUCAGCCAUCAUUCAUCGAGCAGCAGUGGCAGUAAUACAUCGCGUACCCGACGUAUGCAAAAAAUGGUAAUGGAUGAAAAUGCACGUUUGGCCAAAUUGCCCAGACCCCGGCCACCAAGUCGUACACCGUCCAAACAGAAUGCCACCCAUCACGGUAGUACAACAAAUUUGGCAAGAACCCCCACAAACAGUCAUCAUCACUCGCCCGUAACAUGUUCAACGGGUCGUAAGUUAACCACUAAGAAUUUACCGAUUAUUAUUUAAAUG